AUGCUGGAAUGCCAGAAUUGUGGUGCCACGGGUGACUCGUUCUUUAGUGCGAAUUAUUUCGGGGAAAUGGUGUGUGAAUUAUGCGGGACACAGAGCUUUCUACAAGCACGUAAUGAAACACAAGACGCUGAAGACAUGGGAAUGGACGUGACAACUGUCCUCAAGACGCUCAAACAGCGUGUCGUCCGUCGAAAAAAGCGAGAUGUGCAUGGAAAUUUCGUUGAUAAGUCGUCCAAGGAGCCGCUAAAGAAGGAUCCAAGUCAAAAGACAGCACCGACAUUACCCGAGUUAUUGGAUUGCAUCAUUGCAACGCAAAUGGUGCUGGAUGGAAUGGCUCGAACACUUGUUAAACGGAUUGGAUCGGAGACGUUUCCAGCUGAAGAAUACCCGAAAGCAGUGAAAGCAUUGUGGUUCAAGUUCUUACAAACAUGGGGAGUGAAAGGCACAAAGCCAUUGCUACGGUGUUACAAUGAGUUUUUCAUGUAUUACACCCCGGAGGAAGAAAAGAGUAUGGACCCGGCUGUGACUUUUGAUUUGUUGGAGCAAUGGGAUGCCGAGUGGGAAAAGAAGAAUGAACAGGAAGAGGAGAGAGAGCGGUAUGACGAUGAGACCGUGCAAGAACAUGAUAAAGACGAGAACAAGGUAACUGAACCAGCUAUAAAGAGAGGUCGAGACAAGUAUAUCAGGACAAAUGUUCGACUGGAUGGCACACUCAACAAAUUCUCGAUCGUGGAUAUGGUUGGCAUCUUAAUGCUUGCAUCCCGUGUGCUCAAUCUAGGACUACUGCCGAGUGAUUUUGCCGACUGGGUAGCCACUGGAGUGAUUCCGUAUCAUAACGCAUUAGCCACAACUUGUGCUGAUGUACCUGAAGUACGGGAUUCCGUCAAGUUUAUUUCUCGAUUCUUCCAGUCCGUCAUGAAGCGUCACAGGGCAAGUACUGUCCAGAUCGCUUACUCUGCCAACCAUCUUAUGUAUCACAUGGGCUUGCGGCUGCCUCCACUCAAUGUGUCGCUAGCUGUGCACCGAAUUUGCGCCACCAUGGGGUUUCCUGGAGAAGUCUUUCGCAAUUUUCAGUGGAUCUCGGGUUUCAUGAAUGCAACAGGGGAUCAACCUGAACCGCCACUGCUGCUUCAGGCAGAAGUCGAUGGGUAUCCCAGAUUCAACCUGACGCCCACCAAAGAAGAGAAAGACAAAGUAGACGGAAUCCUCGAGUCCGAGGUAGGUAUCGUAGCACAUUUGGUGGUGGCGAUUAAAAUGUGUGCGAAUUGGCACGAGUGGAUCUACGAGCGACGAGAUAGAGAAGAAGAUGACAAAGAGACCAAAAGUGAUGGCGAUGAACGUAAAUGCAAGGCACCAUCCGCUGCCGCAGUACACAAUUCGCAUCUUCUCCCUCGGCGUGAUCUAGACGCACUAGCUCAAUUUGCCAGAAAAGUUUUCAUCGAUCCUGAUCACUCUGGUAUUCCUGAAUGCCUCCAGGAACACGUCGAAGAGUUACAACGCAUUCAGACAACUGACGUCUCAGUGGCUUCAGAUAGCGGUCUCAGUGAGAAGCUCAAACAAAACAAUCUCUACGCCUAUCCAGCUAUUCACGUUGAUGGAGUUCUUGCUGAGAGUGACGAGGCUAUUGAGAAACGAAUGCAUCUUUUGCGAUCACAGGAAGCUGGCACUGCAUCGGUACAAAAUGCUGAUGGAGAACCCAAAUACGAUGCAUUCUUCUACCCGGUAACUUUCCUUACCAGUCGUCGUAGUCAUCUUCAUUCAGCGACCGAGCAUGUGCUGGAGAUGUUGUGUCGUAAAAUUGACGCCCCCAUCGCUUCAGUUUUGAUGCGACUGGCUAAUCUUGACAAACGAAUGCAGAGCUUGGUUUAUCACUUCGAACGAACGGAAUAUCACGUCGGUUUGCUCCAGCAAGGACAUGAGAAAUGGAAGGCUGCUCAGAAGGCUGCGAAGGGCCAUCAUGUCGUCCGAGCUUAA